AUGGCCGCGACGCUCCCGCAGGACGUGCUCGAGAUCGUCUUCCGCUACGUCGAGCAGGACCCUCAUCAGAUCGGCCGCGGUGGAAAGAAGCUGUCGAAGCGUGAAGCCGCGCGACAGAGCUUUCAUCGUUUGUGUCUCGUCUCGCGUGUCUUCUGCCAUGUCGGCAGGCGCUUCCUAUACCGCAAGCCACUGUUCGGCAGGCACCUCGCCCCCAAGGCCUUGUUCCAACUGGCGGAAACGCUGCGUGCGAACCAGCGAUAUCUCGGCAAACUCGUCACCAGUCUCUCAGGCGCAGACACUGCCUGCGAAAGGCUCGGCUUGGCGGAAGAAACCCUCGGCCCGACGUCGCUCCAGUUCCGUGGGUUCUCGAAGGCGUUCUCCUGGCAGCUAUUCAUCUUCUCGUCGUGCCCGAACUGUCGUGAGGUGACUGCGACGUACAGUGCCGAAUCCGAGCUGAAAAAGCUCGUCCGCAUCGUGUCGACCUCAUUGCCGGACCUUCGCCGCAUCCGGCUCGUCGACUCGAGCAGUGGACGAGACGCUAUCCGCGCAGCCAAAUUGUCAAUCGUCGACCCCGAGGCAUCGCUCUUGUCGCUUCACUCGUUCUUCCCGAUCGACACUUCGCGCCUGACGGAUCUCGCCUUGCGAUACUGCGCCGCUUCCGAGCCCGACCUCCUCAAACUCGUCAUGCUCGCGCCGCAGCUCGUCAAAUUGUCCCUCAAGUCAUCGUCCUUCGACCCGGAUAAUCAUCUCCUUUGGCAAUACGCUACAGACGUCGAAGGUUCGCGCCUUCCGACCAAAUUCUUCGCGCUGCUGCCCAACAUCGUCCGCCUCGAACUCGGUGGUCUCGCAGCCUUGUCUGUCUGGCGCCUGCAACUUCUCGCCAAACACUCUCCCCGUAUCCGACACCUUUCCACUGAAGAUUGUGUUUGGCUUCGCGACGAAGGCGCCUCGGCAGUCUUCCCGACGAACGAUCUGGCUGAAGUCUUCCCGACUUUCAAGCGCCUCAAGUACGCACACAUCGGGACGAUUCCCUUCGGUUACAGCAACACCCUCGUCAAGCCGAUCGAGAAGGCGUUCAAGAAGAUGCGCGCCAAGCUUGCGUUCGAAUUCGCCGACGACGUCUGCCCAAACUGCGGUCGCCGUCAUUUCUGA